AAAAAGAAAAGAAAAGAAAAAACAAAAUUUAUGCAUUGGGCUCGGUCGUUUGGUUUAGGUGAGCCUAUGGUUUUCUUUUAUGGGCCUAUGUUUUAAGUUUAGUGUAAGAAACGGGCCCUACAUUUUCAACAGCCGACCGACAAUUACUUUUGCAAUGUUUAAACCUUUAAACUACCAAAAGCCCACGCCACCUCGCUUCAACUGAAACAGUGAACUCGUUAAAACCCCAAGGUCAAUAUCGUCAAUUUGAGUCCUUCCUCUUCCUUCCUUCAGAUCCUCGAAAUCGUUUAAACGUCGCCGUCAUGCUCUCUGCUUUAUCGAUUCAACCUAGAGAGAGAGAGUUUGUGUGAACUUGAACUGAGUGAGAUAUAGAAGAAAGAUCGUUUUCUUCUUCCCUUCUACUGAAACCCUAAUUGUUUGGGAGCAUUUGGGUUCUUCAUUUUGGUUUUCUGGGAAUUCUAAGAAAUUUUGAAGAUGAGAGGAAAUUGGUCGGGGCUUCGCUUGUGGGGCUCCAAGACCACCUGAGGCUGGCUUGAAGGACUCUACUGUACCUCCAUUAUCGUCUCUCACUCUGUUGAUUCCCUGUUUGGAGAGGCUAUGCGUUGUUUUCAUUGCUUUGUUCUUUGAUUUAAUUAUUAUUUCCAGCAGCAGAAUCUGCACCAUUUGGUAGCUAGUUUGCAAGACAAUGGAUGUUGGUACAUAUGAUUCUUAGCUGGAGGAAAGCUGUGCAAUUUGUCCUGAAUAAAUUUUUGGUCAUAACGGAAGAUGAACUUCUUAUGGAAAAGUUGGCAUAUUUUCCAUCUUGUUCAGACCAACAUUGCUUCGAUGAAAAUCGAACUUGCCAAACUUUUGUGCUAGUUCUACUUAUUUUAGUUCUAUAAGAUAUAGUUCUGACUAGAUUUUGUAGCAUGAGUUGUGUUCGUAGAUUUUGGUCAAGGGUUGGUUACUCAAACUCAGAUCUUACUAAUCAAUUUAAUUAUGCAUACUCAUUUUACCAAUAUCUGAGUUAUCUGAGAAGAUUCAUUGUAUUUUCCUGUAAUUUUAAUUUAAUUGGUAAUGGAUUGAGGCAAAUGCAUAAUUUGGCUCGAACGGGCACUUACCCAGCUUCACCAACUGCUUCACAUGGGCUUUUGUGUGUAUAUGCACGCUUUUCCUUGUAUUCGUUCUACUCAAGCAGGCCUUCUUCAAGGUCUUUUAGGAGGAGAGCACGUAAAAGAUUGAAAGCAAAUAACGUGCCUAGUCUUGAUGAAGCCCAAUUUCAAAAGGUGGUCUCCCAACUUCUUCCUAGAUUUACUCCUGAAGAACUUUGUAAUGUUAUAAGUCAGCAGGAUGAUCCUAUUUUGUGUUUAGAGCUGUUCAAUUGGGCAACACACCAGCCCAGGUUCAAGCAUGAUGUUUCCACUUAUCAUACUACCAUAAAAAAGCUUGGCGUUGCUAAAAUGUACCAAGAAAUGGAUGAUGUUGUCAACCAAGUGCUUGCUGUCUCUUCUAUUGGUUCUGAGGCUCUUUACAAUACAAUUAUUUACUUUUUCACUGAAGCCAGGAAGUUGACUAGAGCAAUCAAUAUAUUUAAGCACAUGAGAAGCAGUAGGAAGUUGGAUUGUAGGCCUUCAAUUAGAACCUAUAAUAUUCUUUUUGCUGCAUUAUUGAGUUGGGGUAGUAAUUCUUACAUAAACCAUAUGUAUAUGGAGACAAUUAGGCGCCUGUUUAGACAAAUGGUGGAUGAUGGGAUUGAACCUGAUAUUUUCUCUUUGAAUUCUAUGAUUAAGGGUUAUGUGCUUUCCCUCCAUGUCAAUGAUGCACUUAGGAUAUUCCAUCAGAUGGGUGUGGUCUAUAAGUGCCUUCCUAACUCCUUUUCUUAUGAUUAUCUGAUCCAUGGGUUGUGUGCCCAAGGCCGGACAAACAAUGCAAGGGAGCUGUGCAAUGAAAUGAAGAAUAAAGGGUUUGUUCCUAGUAGUAAAUCAUACAACUCACUUGUGAAUGCUUUGGCUCUCGGUGGAGAUGUUGAGGAGGCAAUGAAGUAUCUAUGGGAGAUGAUUGAGCACCAGAGAUCAGCUGAUUUCAUUACAUACAGGACAGUACUGGAUGAGAUCUGCAGAAGAGGAAGGGUUGGACAGGCAAUGAGUCUGCUAAAGGAGUUCCAGGAGAAAGAUCUUGUGGAUGGGCAUACAUACAGGAAGCUUCUAUAUGUGCUUGAAGAUGACUUUGGAAGUUCGACAGACCAAAAUCGAUUCAGCUAGGUCCAUACUAUUAUAUUACUGGGCUUGAGGUUUGAUGAUUUGACUCACAUCCUUAUAUUAUAAAGCCUAUCCCUCAUUAAAGGUGUGAGGAUCAGGGUAAUGAGUGGGACAAUGAUCGAGGAACAUAUUGUAAUUCAAGUUAAGGGUCUUCGAAUUCCUUCGCAACGUGCAUUGAUAUGGUACUGCAAAGAUUUUAAUGAGAAGAUUUAAUAGUCGAGAUACUCGGUGUUGAUGCUAUAUGAAUUUUACUAUGUUGGAGGACUCUUUUUCAGUGGGAAGGAAAAUUGGAAUCAAUGAGGUGUUUCUAGACCCUUUUUAACUUCAUGGUUUCAAUUAUAUUUCCUGAUCUAGAUCUAUUUGGUUUUGUGUUGGUGUUGCCACAAUCAAAUAUUCCAUUUCUUUGGUCUUCCUUUUCUUCCUUCACUAAUAAUCUACAAGGUGUUAAUCUAUAGGCACAUCAGUGAUCCUUUAUCCUUUUUUUUUUCCCUCGAUUUGGGUGGGAAAGCAGUGUAGAAUUGCUAUUGUAUUAGGAACUGUGGUGUUUAACUCUGGAACCCCAUGGAUUUAGUGCCCCAAGCUCGAAAUGUAAUGAGCAGUAUGGUGAUCUGUAUCAAUUUGUUCGUGAUCACAUGAACUAUCUAAAUGGACUAGAAUGCCUUGUCAAAUUAUCUAGGUCACCUAGUGUAUUGGCUGAUGCACAUUUUCUUUCCCCUUUUUUUAGGUAUAUGUUAUAUUUUAUAUUUCAUAUAUUAGCCGCUCUAUCUGUGGCUAUAUGAUACUUUAAUAAGUGGAAGUAAGCAAUUAAUCCUUGAAUUUUAAAAUACUACAAUAUGAUUGUUAACAUUGCAUUAUGUUUUGCGGCCUCUUUCCUAGCAUCUUCAACAAUAGUUUCUUUUCACUUUCAACGUAUUAUCGCUUUGGUUAAUUCUUCUUUUAUUUGAGCUGUUGAAGACAGACUUAGAAUUCUGCACAAUAAAGAAAUAAUCUAGGCUGUGAUUUUAUAAAAUACCAUGGUGAUUCAUGCGGUGCAAAUUUCUAUUCAUUUGUAUAUUUUAUUGUAUUUCAAAUUAUCAUUUUUAUCAUUCAUUAUGGUAUUAUAUAACUUUCAUUUCUUUCAUUUUUUUUUUUCUCCUUAUAUUUUUUUUAUAUGCUUGGUUGAAAUGAUUUCUGUAAUCUAAUUUCUAAUUGCCUCAUUCCUAUGCGGAUCCAUAGAAAUUAAAUCCAAUCUUAAAUUUUAAUGAUGCAAUAAAUCAGAAGUGAGUGUUUCCUCCAUUAUUGCUUAAUGGAAUUCCUUUUAGGGGCAGCCUCGAGGAUGCCUAUUCUUCUGUCUUAAUGCACUUGUUGAUGAAUACAAAAUCCAUUGUCCCUCAAAUAUUUUUCUCCUGAAGAACUGCACCUGGUGGGAUCUUUGGUGGAACUCUUUGUCUGUCAGAACUCUGAUGUUAGAAGUUUAUCAUCAGAGCCAAAAUCCCAUUGUCGGUUCGAUGUCUGAAGCCAUUUAUUCAACCUCCACUGCUAAAGAUAACUUUGUUAUUCAUUCUUUUUCUGAGAAAGUAGUCUCUGAGAUGGCCAAACAAGACAAAGUCUAUUCUCUUUGCAUAAAAGUAAUUAAUCUAGGAAAGUGCUGGUUAACCUUUUAUUGUGGACGCUGCACUCUAUGUACAAAAUGACAAAAGGUUUCUUUGCCAUGGAAGUUUGCUAUUAGUCAUAGAUAAUUUUUUAUUUGUUGCU